AUGAACACCUGGUUUUUAAGAAAAGUCAAGGAUCGACAAGGAAGGAUAAUUCACGUUUCUGCAGCGACAAAUCGGGAGCAAAGAUGGUUAGUAAAUCGAUCAAAGGUGAUGGUGACGGAUGAAAAGGAUGAGGGAGUCGAGGGAAUAGGUGGGGUGGUGGUGGAGGAGGAGGAGAAGAGAAGGGAGUGA